GCACAUUUAACAUGCUGGUAGAAAUGAGGUCAAACGGAUUUAAGUUUCCCUGCAUUAAAGUCCUCGGCCACUCUGUACGCCACCUCUGGAUGAGAGUUUUCCUGAUUGCGUAUGGCCGUAUACAGCUCAUUGUGUGGUCUUAGUACCAGCAUUAGUUUGUGGUGGUAAAUAGACAUUUACGAAUAAUUUUAAUGAUAACUCUCUUGGUAAAUAGUGUGGUCUACAGCUUAUCGUGAGAUACUCUACCUCAGUCGUGCAAAAUCUUGAGACUUCCUUAAUAUUAGAUUUCAUUCACCAGCUGUUUACAAAUAUACACAGACCGCCACCCCUUCUCUUACUGGAGGCGGCUGUUCUAUCUUGCCAAUGCAGUGUAAAACCUACCAGCUGUAUGUUAUUCAUGUCGUCAUUCAGCAACGACUCGGUGAAAUAUAAGAUAUCACAGUUUUUAAUGUCCCAUUGGUAGGAUAUACGUGAUCGUAGUUUGUCUAUUUUGUUAUCCAAUGAUUGUACGUUGGCUAAUAGGACUCAUGGUAAAGGCAGAUUACCAACUCUCUGUCGGAUCCUUACAAGGCACUCCGACCUACGUCCCUGAUAUCUCUGUCUCUUUCUCCUGCGAAUGAUGGGGACGAGGGCCUUGUCGGGUGUCUGAAGUAAAUCCUUUGCGUCCAACUCGUUAAAGAAAAUAAUCUUCUUCCAGUACGAGGUGCUGGCAUCGUUGGCAGACGUGGGCCGGGGGUACGGGGAGGCCGUACUGACCGUCCUGAGGGCCAGACGGGAGGAGAUCCGCCAGGCGCUGGUGGAGAGAACCAAUAACGUGUCUAGCUCCACCCUCCAGGACUUUGACUGGCAUAUAAAGCUGGCAUUGGCCAGCGAUAAGAUCUCGUCUCUCCAGACCCCUCUACUCAACCUCAGUUUGGACGUGAAGGAGAACGGGGCCCUGAAGCCUGUGUCUGUCGAGAUGAACCGAGAGGAAUUACAAACACUCAUCAGCUCAAUGGAGGCUGCCAAUAAGGUGGUACUACAGCUGAAGUGAUGGUGGCGAUAGACAUUUAUUUCACUGUGCCCUUUCAUCUAUGGCUCUUAAGGGGACGUGCAAUCUCAUCAUAGAUGGACACUGAACUAUGAUGCAGUGUCUUUCUGGAAACAGUGGUCUGAUCCAGAUACAGCUUUUAGCCUUCAACCCCCUUAGGCACUGAUUCCUACGCUUCCCCUAAUGAAUUCAAAAUCAUUGAAUUUGUGUAAGCAUGGGAUUGUGGGUGUUGCGCCAUAUUCCAUUUAUUUUCAAUCCAUGAGGGGGUGUGAAUGAGUGCACAUUUUAGGGAAAAGGAUAUAGAAUCAUACUGCAGCAAGAAGUAGUCUUUUGUGCUGUUUCUUUUGUAAUCCAUUCUAUUACUGUGUAAUAAAUAUUAACGUUUGACCUUUUCUUCAAUGGAAUAUAUAUUAGAGUAUGUAGACUGUCUCCAUACUCUGAAAUGGCUUCAUUUCUUUCUCUUGUCCUUCCUGAUCUCGGAUGAUUGGCUAGGUGAAAAGAUUGUCAAGGUCAUCCACAGAGGCAAUGUUAUAUAUCAGACCAAAUAAUACCCCUUCCAUUUUUUUGUCUGUCUGUUGAAUAUUUAAUACAGAUCACACUGUGUGCAAAAUCUUCCUUUGCGUACGCCUGGUACUAGUCAGCAUGCCUAUGAUGUUAUGCACCAAAACAGCAGUGGGGGGUAGAGUCAUGGCGGACCUAAUUUUCCCUUUCUCUUCUUAAAUUCAUCACAAUAUGGCAGCGUUAUAAUGCAUUAAUAUUUUAAUGAGUUAUAUAAAAAAGUCCAAGUCUCUAGUGUUGGAUGAGAACCUGGUGCGUGUUCUAGUUGGGAAUAUACAGGACUUGCUAUUAGAGCAGUCUUUUUUUAAAUGGAGGUAACCUGACUUUGCAAGCUUGGUUAGAUGUGCAAAAUGCCUGAACACGUGCAACCAGAAGCAUAAUGCCUGAAUGCGCGCACACAACCAGAAGCAUAAUGCCUGAAUGCGUACACACAACCAGAAGCAUAAUGCCUGAAUGCGCGCACACAACCAAAAGCAUGCCUGAUGGAGCGCACACAACCAAAAGCAUAAUGCCUGAUGGAGCGCACACAACCAAAAGCAUAAUGCCUGAUGGAGCGCACACAACCAAAAGCAUAAUGCCUGAUGGAGCGCACACAACCAGGAGCAUAAUACCUGAUGGAGCGCACACAACCAGGAGCAUAAUGCCUGAUGGAGCGCACACAACCAAAAGCAUAAUGCCUGAUGGAGCGCACACAACCAAAAGCAUAAUGCCUGAUGGAGCGCACACAACCAGGAGCAUAAUACCUGAUGGAGCGCACACAACCAGGAGCAUAAUGCCUGAUGGAGCGCACACAACCAAAAGCAUAAUGCCUGAUGGAGCGCACACAACCAAAAGCAUAAUGCCUGAUGGAGCACACACAACCAGGAGCAUAAUGCCUGAAUGCGCGCACACAACCAGAAACAUAAUGCCUGAAUGCGCGCACACAACCAAAAGCAUAAUGCCUGAUGGAGCGCACACAACCAAAAGCAUAAUGCCUGAUGGAGCGCACACAACCAAAAGCAUGCCUGAUGGAGCGCACACAACCAAAAGCAUAAUGCCUGAUGGAGCACACACAACCAGGAGCAUAAUGCCUGAUGGAGCGCACACAACCAAAAGCAUAAUGCCUGAUGGAGCGCACACAACGAAAAGCAUAAUGCCUGAUGGAGCGCACACAACCAAAAGCAUAAUGCCUGAUGGAGCGCACACAACCAGGAGCAUAAUACCUGAUGGAGCGCACACAACCAAAAGCAUGCCUGAUGGAGCGCACACAACCAGGAGCAUAAUACCUGAUGGAGCGCACACAACCAGGAGCAUAAUACCUGAUGGAGCGCACACAACCAGGAGCAUAAUACCUGAUGGAGCGCACACAACCAGGAGCAUAAUACCUGCGGGCGCACAAAACCAAAAGUAUAAUGCCUGAAAUUGCGAGCGUGCACAACCAGAAGCGUAAUGCCUGAAAGCGCGAGCGCAAACAACCAGAAGCAAAAUGCCUAAACACACAACCAGAAGCAAAAUCCCUGAACACGCACACAACCAGAAGCAUAAUGCCUGAAUACGCACACACACAACCAAAAGCAUAAUACCUGAACACGCGAGCGCACACAACCAGAAGCAUAAUACCUGAACGCGCGAGCGCACACAACCAGAAGCAUAAUACCUGAACACGCGAGCGCACACAACCAGAAGCAUAAUACCUGAAUGCGUGCACACAACCAGAAGCAUAAUGCCUGAACACGCGAGCGCACACAACCAGAAACAUAAAUGCCUGAACGCGCACCCACAAUCAGAAGCAUAAUGCCUGAAUGCGCACGCAUAACCAGAGGCAAAAUGCCUGAACGCGCGUGCACACACACAACCAGAGGCAAAAUGCCUGAACGUGCGUGCACACACACACAACCAGAGGCAAAAUGCCUGAACGCGCAUGCACACACACAACCAGAGGCAUAAUGCCUGAAUGCGUGCACACAACCAAAAAGCAUAAUACCUGAACACGCAAGCGCACACAACCAGAAGCAUAAUGCCUGAAUGCGUGCGCACACACAACCAGAAGCAAAAUGCCUAAACGUGCACACACAACCAGAGCCAAAAUGCCUGAACGCGCGUGCACACACACAACCAGAAGCAAAAUGCCUGAACGCGCGCGCGCACACAACCAGAAGCAAAAUGCCUGAACGCGCGCGCACACAACCAGAAGCAAAAUGCCUAAACGUGCACACACAACCAGAAGCAAAAUGUCUGAACGCGCGCGCACACAACCAGAAGCAAAAUGCCUAAACGUGCACACACAACCAGAAGCAAAAUGCCUGAACGCGCGUGCACACACACAACCAGAGGCAAAAUGCCUGAACGCGCGUGCACACACACAACCAGAAGCAUAAUGCCUGAAACCGCACCCACAACCAAAGCAUAAUGCCUGAAUGCGCACGCACAACUAGAAGCAUAAUGCCUGAACGUGCACACACACAACCAGAGGCAAAAUGCCUCAACGUGCGUUCACACACACAACCAGAGGCAAAAUGCCUGAACGCGCGUGCACACACACAACCAGAAGCAAAAUGCCUGAACGCGCGUGCACACACACACAACCAGAAGCAAAAUGCCUGAAUGCGCGUGCACACACACAACCAGAAGCAACAUGCCUGAACGUGCACGCACACACAACCAGAAGCAACAUGCCUGAACGUGCGUGCACACACAACCAGAGGCAUAAUGCCUGAACGCGUGCGCACACACACACAACCAGAAGCAAAAUGCCUGAAUGCGCGUGCACACACACCCAGAAGCAUAAUUCCUGAACGCGUGCGCACGCGAGCACACACAACCAGAAGCAUAAUGCCUGAACACGCGAGCACACACAACCAGAAGCAUAAUGCCUGAACGCGCGAGCACACACAACCAGAAGCAUAAUUCCUGAACGCGCGAGCACACACACACAACCAGAAGCAAAAUGCCUCAACGUGCGUGCACACACACAACCAGAGGCAAAAUGCCUGAACGCGCGUGCACACACACACAACCAGAAGCAAAAUGCCUGAAUGCGCGUGCACACACACAACCAGAAGCAACAUGCCUGAACGUGCGUGCACACACAACCAGAAGCAUAAUGCCUGAACGUGUGCGCACGCAACCAGAAGCAUAAUGCCGGAACACGCGAGCACACACAACCAGAAGCAUAAUGCCUGAACGCGCGAGCACACACAACCAGAAGCAUAAUUCCUGAACGCGCGAGCACACACAACCAGAAGCAUAAUGCCUGAACGCGCGAGCACACACAACCAGAAGAAUAAUAGCUAAACGCGCGCACGCACACACACAACCAGAAGCAUAAUGCCUGAACGCGCGUGGAAAACCAGAAGCAAAAUGCCUGAACGUGCACGCACACACACAACCAGAAGCAUAAUGCCUGAACGCGCGUGGAAAACCAGAAGCAAAAUGCCUGAACGUGCACGCACACACACAACCAGAAGCAUAAUGCCUGAACGCGCGAGCACACACAACCAGAAGCAUAAUGCCUGAACGCGCGAGCACACACAACCAGAAGCAUAAUGCCUGAACGCGCGAGCACACACAACCAGAAGCAUAAUGCCUGAACGCGCGAGCACACACAACCAGAAGAAUAAUAGCUAAAUGCACGCGCGCACACACACACACAACCAGAAGCAUAAUGCCUGAACGCGCGAGCACACACAACCAGAAGCAUAAUGCCUGAACGCGCGAGCACACACAACCAGAAGAAUAAUAGCUAAACGCACGUGCGCACACACACACAACCAGAAGCAUAAUGCCUGAACGCGAGUGGAAAACCAGAAGCAUAAUGCCUGAACGUGUGCGCACGCAACCAGAAGCAUAAUGCCGGAACACGCGAGCACACACAACCAGAAGCAUAAUGCCUGAACGCGCGAGCACACACAACCAGAAGCAUAAUUCCUGAACGCGCGAGCACACACAACCAGAAGCAUAAUGCCUGAACGCGCGAGCACACACAACCAGAAGAAUAAUAGCUAAACGCGCGCACGCACACACACAACCAGAAGCAUAAUGCCUGAACGCGCGUGGAAAACCAGAAGCAAAAUGCCUGAACGUGCACGCACACACACAACCAGAAGCAUAAUGCCUGAACGUGUGCGCACGCAACCAGAAGCAUAAUGCCGGAACACGCGAGCACACACAACCAGAAGCAUAAUGCCUGAACGCGCGAGCACACACAACCAGAAGCAUAAUUCCUGAACGCGCGAGCACACACAACCAGAAGCAUAAUGCCUGAACGCGCGAGCACACACAACCAGAAGAAUAAUAGCUAAACGCGCGCACGCACACACACAACCAGAAGCAUAAUGCCUGAACGCGCGUGGAAAACCAGAAGCAAAAUGCCUGAACGUGCACGCACACACACAACCAGAAGCAUAAUGCCUGAACGCGCGAGCACACACAACCAGAAGCAUAAUGCCUGAACGCGCGAGCACACACAACCAGAAGCAUAAUGCCUGAACGCGCGAGCACACACAACCAGAAGAAUAAUAGCUAAACGCACGCGCGCACACACACACACACACAACCAGAAGCAUAAUGCCUGAACGCGCGAGCACACACAACCAGAAGCAUAAUGCCUGAACGCGCGAGCACACACAACCAGAAGAAUAAUAGCUAAACGCACGUGCGCACACACACACAACCAGAAGCAUAAUGCCUGAACGCGAGUGGAAAACCAGAAGCAUAUUGCCUGAACGCGGGAGCACACACAGCCAGAAGCAUAAUGCCUGAACGCGCGAGCACACACAACCAGAAGCAUAAUGCCUGAACUCGCGAGCACACACAACCAGAAGCAUAAUGCCUGAACGCGCGUGGAAAACCAGAAGCAAAAUGCCUGAACGUGCACGCACACACACAACCAGAAGCAUAAUGCCUGAACGUGCGUGGAAAACCAGAAGCAAAAUGCCUGAACGCGCACACACAACCAGAAGCAAAAUGCCUGAACACACGCGCGUGCACGCAACCAGAAACAUAAUGCCUGAAUGGCGCGAGCACACACACACAUAACCAGAAGCAUAAUGCCUGAACACGCACACACAACGCCUGAAUGCGCACGAGCACACACACAACCAGAAGCAUAAUGCCUGAGCGCACGUGCAACACCAGAAGCAAAACGCCUGAAUGCGCACACAAACAACCAGAAGCAAAAUGCCUGAAUGCGCACACACAACCAGAAGCAAAAUGCCUGAACGCGCACACACAACCAGAAGCAAAAUGCCUGAACGCGCACACACAACCAGAAGCAAAAUGCCUGAACACACGCGCAUGCACGCAACCAGAAACAUAAUGCCUGAAUGGCGCGAGCACACACACAUAACCAGAAGCAUAAUACCUGAACACGCACACACAACCUGAAGCAUAAUGCCUGAAUGCGCGCGAACACACACACACACACACACACAACCAGAAGCAUAAUGCCUGAGCGCACGUGCAACACCAGAAGCAUAAUGCCUGAACGUGCGCACACAUACAACCAGAAGCAUAAUGCCUGAAUGCGUGCACACACACAACCAGAAGCAUAAUGCCUGGAAAACACACACACAUCUAGAAGCAUAAUGUCUAAAUGUGUGAGCGAGCACACACACACAACCAGAAGCAUAAUGCCUGAACGCGCACACACACACAGAAGCAUAAUGCCUGAACGCGCACACACACACAGAAGCAAAACGCCUGAACGAGCACACAAACAACCAGAAGCAAAAUGCCUGAAAGCGCACGCACACACACAACCAGAAGCAAAAUGCCUGAACGCGCACACAACCAGAAGCAAAAUGCCUGAAAGCGCACGCAAACACACAACCAGAAGCAAAAUGCCUGGUUUUUGCUGAUUCAAAUAAUCAACUAAUCAUCAAGCUUUGAUCAUUUGAAUCAGCAGUGUAGCGCAAAAACCAGAACGUGCCGACCUAAAGCUUGUUUAAUAGAAGUGUCCAAACGGCCUGUCAAAUGUUGCUUAUGAUUUGAUCAUCUCGCAGCUUAUGUCAUUGUCCUCAUGAGGCUGUCCUAAUAGGUCACGGUAACCAUGCAAACUGAACUGCGCUGAUAUGUUACAUAGGCCAUAAAAACAAAUAACUUUUUUUCCCCCCUCAAUGCAAUAAGGUAAAAAUGUCCGAAGUCUUUAUUUUGAAGACCCAUCCCAAAAUUGGCACAUGGUUUCGGACACACACACACUUCCCACUUUGUGGAAUAAAGGCAAAUCCAAAACUCGUAAACUCUGAGUAACUGUGGAUCGUUAUCACAAGGUGACGUUUGUGUCAUAGCCGUGCCCCUACAGUAGAUUAGAUGGCAGCCUGUCUGAAUUUUUAUGAUUGGCACUACAGUGCAAGGCCCUACUAACUGGUCUGUCAUUACUCUGUCUUUGUAUGAUUCUACAGGACGUUUUUGUGAUAUUUGCGUACAAAUAUGCAUUAUUUUGCUGCAGCAAUUCAGCGUGGCAAUAUGCAGUGAUUUUGUCCAAUUUGUUGCCAAAAUGUGCUGACAAGGGAAAAGUUUGUUGACGUGUCGCUUCAAUUAACCAUAUUAUGCGGUGAUUGGUUGAAAGUGCAAGCCUUCUUUUUUUGUACUGAGGUGUUGAGUCAGGUUCAUGCAAUAAUACCGCGAUGAUUUUACUGUUUUAUGCAGAAAUAGUUCGGUGAUUCGUCAAAUUUGCAAGCUCUCGCAUAAUAUGCAGGGAAUUGUUGAUUUUGCACAAAAAAAAAGUAAUCGUGGAGAGACGGAUUCCUCUUUGCUCAGUAGCUUGAGUUUUAUCUUAGAUCACUUGAGGAGAAAACAUUUUUACUUCUAAAUAUGCCAGUACAGAAUGGGUGUAUACCAGUGGAAGUUCAAGUUGUGUCUCCCAGGCUUCAAGUUUUAGCACUGAAUUGAAGAUACAGUUUAGCAAACGGCACUAUAUCGCAGACAAACUAAGCCACUUUUGCAGUUAAUAUUGUUAAAUGAGAGUGAAGCUCAGUCUUCUAUUGGGUUGGUGAGAUGUCAGUUAUUUUAUUUGAAUUCUAUUUUGAUCAAAGUCCUUACAAUGUCAAACAAAGGAUUUGUACGAAGAUGUUCUCUCACACGCAGACACAAACAUACUUGCACACACAUUCCCAGUCGCAAAUGCUUGCUUGUACACGUUACCAAGCAGAAAAACACCUGCUCGCAGUACAAACACCCUAGCACACUCAAACACACACUCUCUCAGAAACACACUCUCCUUUACACAUGAGAGCACAUAUAGAGCAUCAGAAUUAUUUUUACAGUAAUUUUACACAAUAGAGUUCAGUACAUUUCCUUAUCCCUUGGAAGCUUGAGGGAAGCCAGUUGUUAAGGCUUCCAUUUUGCUAUGGCCAUCCAAAGAAAACACGUCCCAUCUGUUAAGCGAGUCUUUGCUGAGUGGAAAGCCAAUAUUUUCUUUCACCAGUCCAUAGAAUUCCAUUCCACCUGAAAACAAUGACAGUAACAGCAACAGAACCAAACUUGCAGGACAUUUUCUGCAUUGAAUUUACAGAUUGUCAUCAUAAAUGCUGGAAUGUCUGACCACUAUCUAAUUUGAAUAUGUAUUUAGAGCAUCAUAAAAGUCAGUCUCAGUCUAGUUGACCACAGUUUCAUUUCUUCUUCUUCUCUAAAAAAAGUACAAGUUCUUUCUUUUAAAUUCUACACACUAGUUAUAAGAUAAGUUAAACCCUGUGAAAAUAUUGAGAUUCUUGUUAAAGGCACAAUAUUUAGCCAUGAGAAGAGAGCACACUGCUACUUAUUGUGUCCUGUAGAAGCCUAUCUGGUUUAGCUUUUUUUGUAAGCCCUGAUAACACAAGCAGUUCACAUGUCUACUUGGAAUCCACCCAUUAUUAUAAUAAUAAAGUAGUUACAUCAAAAUAGUCACUGGCCAUUGUGAUAGCAAAGCAAUAGUCAUGAGCAAAAGCAUUUUAGCCAUGGUAAAGUACCCUGUUAUAUUAUAAAGGGAAAGAAACACUACCAUUGUUUAUUCAGAAAAAUGAAGAUAUUUUUGUUUCAAAUGUGAGAAAUUGUCAUCAUCUGAGAGUCAUAGACAUUCACUGGCCAGAUCUGAAUGUAACAUGGCCUGCCAAACAGAAAGAACUGCAUGAUGUUAUCAUUGUGUAAAUAAAAGUUAGGAUUGCUUAGAAUACUGCCGAGGCCAGUUUAGCUUUUUUCCACAUCAUCCAAAUUGUAAGGUUCCAAAGGAUGUAAUAGAGUCCAACCUAAUCUAAUUUAAUUUACAGCCACAUAGCAUACUUUAUAAGCUUACUAAAUGCAUCUAUUGUGACACUAAUUGCUGCCCUUUAAUGCUACCAAAUUACACCGUUACAAGGCUAUAACUACUUAUCUUAUUUGUUUUGUUGAACUGAUAUAGUACCCAUUCUGGCACAGCCUUUUCUACAAUAGCAAUGAAACCAGCAAUGAAUCAAGUGGGAAUUACAGGGAAUUGUUCAGGUUCUUACAAUUGAUCAUCAGGUUUGAGUAUAAUUACAGGGAAGUGAACAAAUUAAUUGAAAUCAAAACAAAUAAAUAACCUCAGCGCAUCACUCCUGUUCUUUUUAUGCACCAAAGCAAUGAGGCCAAAGGAUUUCCAUGGCAAAUCUUAUAGCUGUCGAAUAUCCCGUUUUAUGCUAUGCCAGUUCUUCUGAUGCUGGAACAGUUUUACAGAGGCCAAGGCGUUUGUGAGUGGAGAUCAUUUAGUAUAAUGUUAAUGUUAGUAUAUCUACUUGUGUUUGCCAUUUAACAUAUCACUUUUUGAAUAGCUGAGCUGCACUAUAGGUUACUAUACUAUGUGCAAAUACGCUGUACAGUACUGUGUAUUUGAACAGAGAUUUUGUGUUGGCUGCACUUGGCUCAACCAUCUACAGCAUGUAUUAUCAGGGCUUGCGCAUUUUGAUGUGGUUUCGAAAGCAUGGUGACAUCAUAAGUCAUUCUUUACCUGAUUUCUUUUAAAGAAAAUUACAUUUUACAUGCUCACAGACGCUGUGAGAAUAGAUACAAAUUUGAACAAAUUUAGAUUUUUAAGAUUAGUUGAUUUCCAAUUCACUUGUCCUGUAGUUACCCUAAAUGCAAUGAUUGUUCAAAAGCAUACAGUAAUACAUGUAGGCUCAACUAUGGAGCCUUUGCUAAGGUUUCAUACAAAGGAAAGAAAACGGGCUUUGUUUUACAGUGCAAAAAGCCAGUAAGCACACAUGCAUCUAGCAUUAACCAACAAAAUCAAGUCACACAUUAAGAACAUGCAAAGUAGCAUGUUCUUCAACUCACUGAAUACCACCUUAGUCACAAGGUGUGGACUCAACACAAUGAGAAAUGCCUUAAUCAUGGGAGGAAGAGUAAAUACUUAAUUGAGGAUGAACUUAUUCAUAGUUAAAACAAAUGAGAACUACCUUAUUCACAGAGAUGAGUUCAACCAAACAAGGACUUCCUAAACCACAAGAUGAAGUUUUACUCAGCAAGGAUUUGCUUCAAUAACAAGAUAGGGUUUAACUAAUAGAAAACUGUAUUUGUUAUUACCCACAGUUUUUGCAAUGUUUUUUUCUCUUUAGAAGCAAAUAAAAGUUGUGUUACGGACCACAUGCAGAGGCUGAGAGGAAAUAAGGUGAGAACAGGAUUUCUUAAUAAAUAAAAUGCAGUUGCAGCCUAAGAGUAACAAUGAAGUCACCAAAGUCAAUU